UUUAAAGUUCACAACAAACUAACCUCAAUCAACUGACUCCUUCAAGUGUCAAGUGUUUUUAAUGUUUAGAUGAUUUUUUAGGAUUUAAAAUGUGUCUGUGAAAUGUUGUGAUUGUCCUUGUUGUGUAAUUCCCAUUUAAUAACAUGUUAUACAUUCUGAAGGAAGUUGAAGGUCCAAGGUUUUUUUAUUUAUUUACCGGGAACGAAUAUGAUAUUGGGCGCAAAAAAGCAGCUAUUGCGUUAACAAAUGAUGCAUCAAUUAGCCGAAAACACGCUAUUAUUAAAAUUGGACCCAAUUCGGCAACUUUGAAGGACCUAGAAUCGAAAUAUGGCACGUUCCAUAAUAAAUUAAAAGUAACUCCAAAUACAGAAAUUGUUCUAAAUGAUAAAGACAUAAUUAAGCUUGGAGUUUACGAUAGCAAGUUUAGAAUUGAAAAAAUUGAUUUGGUGGUCACAGGUUCGGGUUUAACGAAUGAAGAGAAGGUGGAAUUAAAAGGCAAAAUUACUUCAAUAGGGGGCACAUUUCUCAAUGAAUGGGGCCCCACUUGUACUCAUUUAACAGCACCUGUAAUAGUGCUAACAAUCAAAAUGUUGCACGCGUUAAUUGAUGACAAACCUAUCGUUAAUUUAAAAUUCUGGGACGAGUAUAUUCUCAAAAUUAAAAAUAACGAACCUUUACCUGAACCCCAAAAUUUUAAACCACCAGUAACUGAAACUUUAAUCAACGGAACUGAGCUAAAACCAAACCCGGAACGGAAGGUUUUAUUCAAAAAUAAGAUAUUUGUUUUCCCAACGGAGAAGCUCAGAUUGCGGAUGGCGUAUCUCAUUGAAAAAACAGGGGGUUCGUGUAUUUCGUGGGAGAAACAACCCCUAACAUUUGCACAAGUGACACAAUCGAAAAACACUUAUCUUUUCAUAUACAGCGACGAUAAAAACACACCACAAUCGCUCAAAAACAUCUACGAACAUUUGACUAAAAUAGGGGAACGCACUAUACCCUUGCAGGAAAUCCCCAAAGCUAUUGUGCUCUGCUCUUGCGAAAAAGACUGUAAUCCGAAAUUUAACCGCAUCUUCAAUGUUUUCGUGGAAAAAGAAUCGGACUCAGAGUCUGCGAUUUUUCCCCUAGCUUACGAAACGCCAACCGAUGAUGUGUUUGCGCAGACUUUUGAGCCUAAACAAGAGUUGGUGAUUCCUGAGUCGCUGGAUGCGGACUUGCAUUUGCUAACGGCGCCCCCAACUCCAAAUACUUCCAAACAAAUUAAUAAUAUUAUUACACCAAGUGCUUUGAAACGAGGGGCAAAAGAACCGGAAAAAACGCCCGCAAAAAAAGUAAAAUUGGACGAAAGCGCCAAUGAGCGGAAACGCAAAGCUGAUGAGAAUUUGGGCCCAAGUCCCAAGAAAAACUUACUGGAGAAUCCGUUCGCAAUAAUGCGGAAAAAAAUCGUUAAUAGGCCUCCAGAGCCGGAUAAUCCGUUCGUCGCUUUGAGGGUUAAGAGAGAAGUGCGGGAGGAAACGGAUAAUCCGUUUAAAAAUAUCAUGAACAACACGAGGGAAAAACCAGCGGAAAAAUCGAGUUUAAUCAAGUCGGUACAGUACAGUGCGGAUGAGAGCUACUGUCCCUCUGAUCCUUCAAAUGUGACUUGGCUGUCCAAGCACGAUAUUAAAACCGAGUCUUUUGAGCCGGAAUCCGACUUUAAGGAACUCUUCGAUUUGUUUAAAAACACUGUAGUGAUUGAACCGUUGCCUCCAACGGCCAUUAGAGUCCUGCCUUUGAGUCAAUACAACAGUGGGAACACCACCACAGGCGGGAAGAACUUUAAGAAAUUUAAAAAAGUGCGCCCUUUGAGGCCCCAAACCGACAUUACCAGAACGUCAAUUUAUCAAAAUAUGUCGGUGCAAGUGAUACCAGAAGUAGUGUCUGAUAAUGAGGAGGAAGAAGUGAUUCGAAGGCCGGUGCCCAAAAAAACGAAUCCGAGACGUUUCCAAUUUUAGUGUUUUUUUAUUGAUUUUAUUGUAAACGCUAAUAAUUAUUAAAAUUUUUUACUUCAACUGCAUUGAAUUUAUACUUCAAAAAACGUAUGUCGUGAUAAAAAAAUUUAAUCAAGUAAAAUUAAAUUAGU